AUGGAAUAUAAAAGGAAGCAACAACAAGCAGAAGAACAAGCAACUCAAAGUGAGAUCAUCAUAGAAGAAGAUAAUGAGUUUUCUUCAGCAUCGACUGUAGCCUCACCCAAAGUUGAUAAUAAUCGAUCGUCAACAGCAUCGACAGGAAAAAGAUCACAAAUUGUUGAUGUCGGCGGCACUACAAAGGCAUCCGAUUGCUCAACGAUUGCUGAAAAAAAGAUCCAACAACCAAUAACAACAUCCGAAAUAAUCGAUGUUAGUAAUGACAUUAAAAGAAAUGUAUCACCAUCUGAAAAAAUCGUCAUACCAAAAACGACGAUGUCGUCGUUUAUUAUCAAUAAAACAUCAUUGAACCUUCCAGAAAAACCAAGGAAUCCCGGCACACUUGGUCAACGUAUUUUGCUAUUCGUCAAUCACUUUCCUGUAACAUUAUCAUCGUCAAAAAACUUGAUCUGUUACCACUAUGAUUUCGAAGUGAAGUUAGAUAGAAAACAACAACAAGACAGACCAGUUCGAAUACCGAAAGAUUUACUACAACGAAUAUUUUUACAAUGGCGAGAGGAUUAUUUAUCAACAAACAGCGUUCCACAAGAAUUAUCAGAAACAUCAAUAAUAUCCGAAUCAAGAAAUUCAUAUUAUCAUAUUAUUUUUGAUGGAAAGAAAAAUGUUUUUGCAUGUCAAAAACUACAAAAUAUUGAUGAACAACCCUGUGAGUUUCACACGACUAUUAAGAAUAAUCCACAUUGUUCAGAAACAUUUAUUAUUCAACUAAAAUUGGUUCGUAGCAAUAUUGAUAUGCAAUUGUUACAAUAUUACAUUAGUGGACGAUCAUCAUUGACUGUUGACGAUGUACAAGAUCAAAUUCAAAUUAUGGACAUUUUAUUUCGACAACGACGUUUAGAAUUAAAUUUUGUUGCUUUAAAUCGUUCCUAUUUUGAUCUGAUUUCCACGAAUGAAAAUCGUGUUGCUGAUUUACGCAAUGGUCAAGAAUUAUGGCGUGGCUUCUUUCAAACAUUUCGCUAUUCUGGAAAAAAAUUAGCGCUAAAUGUUGAUACAUCAAAUACUGUGUUUUAUAAAGAACAGUCAGUAUUGGAUUUUAUUUAUGAUUCAUUUUCACAACAAAAUGAAGAUCAUGGUAAUUUUACUGUGGGAAGAGGACGAGGUGGUUAUCAGCGUGGAGGUCAUUCUAGAAAUGUAGAUUUUCAUCGUCAACAACAACCAUUUAAUUAUGAACAAUGUAUAUCACUUAAUCGAAGUGACAUCGAACAAAAACUGAAAGGUUUGAAAAUUGUUACUGGGCAUAUGAGAUAUGAGAAAAUCGAUUGGAUAGGAGCACUUGGUCAACCUCCCGAUCAGGAGACAUUCAACUUAAGAUUAGAGAACCAGCAAAACGAAAUAGUUACCGUUCUCAACUAUUUUCAAAAGACUUAUCCUCUACUAAAAUUACAAUAUCCUAAACUUCCUUGUAUAAUCACACGCAAACGUACUCAAAUUCCAAUUGAAUUGUGUACUAUUGUUCGUCAACCAGUUACUAGAAAAUUAGAUCCAGAUGUUACAGCCAAAAUUAUUCGUUACACGGCUGUGUCAGCUCCGGAUCGUGCUCAAUUAAUUAUAGAUAAAGUUUAUUCAGCUCAAUAUGACGAUGAUCCAUUUUUACGUGAAUGGCAAACAAAUAUCACGACACAAAUGCCAAUAAUUGAAGGACGUAUAUUACCAUCAUCCGAUAUUGACUAUGGUGAACGUAAGGUAUUACCAGGUCGUGAAGUGAUUGGUAAAGGGUCAUGGAAUAUGGACAAUUACAAAUUUUAUAUACCAGCAACAAUUAAAAAUUGGGCAGUAUUAAAUUUAACAAAUUUAUCACAAGACUGUGUUUAUCAAUUUUAUAAACAAAUGAUGAGUAUGGCAGAAAAGAUGGGUUUACUGGUGAUGAAUCCAGAAUGGGCUGAUUAUAUUGAUAAUGUUCGAUAUUCAGAUUGUGAUUUAAGAAAUAUUAUUGAUGCAUUACGAGCAUUGGUUAAUCAUAACAAGUCUUUACAGUUGAUAUUGGGUAUUGUUCGUAAUAAAACUGUCGAACCAUAUGGUACAAUAAAACGGCUGUGUGAUCAAGAAUUGGGUAUUGUCACCCAAUGUGUACAACGAAGCAAUGUUGAACGAGCAAAUCUACAAACAAUGGCUAAUAUUUUCUUAAAAGUGAAUCCAAAACUAGGUGGUGUUAAUAAUUCAAUCAAUGAUAUUUUCCUGUUUAAUAAAUCGCGUGGUGGUAUUAUGGUCGUGGGUGCUGAUGUUUCACAUGCAGCAAGUAGUGAUAAUUACUCUGUGGCAGCUGUUGUAGCAUCAACGGAUACUCAUCCAUCACAUUAUCAUUUGGAGAUAUGUUUACAAAAACAUCCGAAAGGUGGUAAAAGUUUAGAAAUAAUUGUACAAUUAAAAUACAUGUUCGGCAAUUGUCUGAAAGAAUAUAGAAUGAAAAAUAAAAGUUUACCUAGUGUGAUUCUAUUCUAUCGAGAUGGCGUGUCAGAAGGACAAUUUAAUACUAUAUUGCAUAGUGAAUUGUUACACAUGCAACAAGCAUGUUUUGAGAUUGAUCCAUUAUAUCGUCCAAGAAUUACACUUAUUGUUGCACAAAAACGUCAUCAUACACGAUUGUUUCCUGCUGAUCGAAGAGACGAAUGUGGUAAAUCAAAAAAUAUUCCGCCUGGUACGUGUGUUGAUCAAUCGAUAACAACACCAGAUAAUUUUGACUUUUAUUUAUGUAGUCAUUUUGGCAUACAAGGUACAAGUCGUCCGACCCAUUAUUAUGUUAUAUUCGAUGAAAAUAAUUUUGAUUUUGAUAAAAUUCAAAUGAUAACAUACAAAUUAUGCCACAUGUAUGCACGUGCAACUCGAAGUGUUAGCAUACCAGCACCCGUUUAUUAUGCUCACUUGGCAGCAUUUCGUGGUAGAUUAUAUAUCAAAAAUUUGGAUUUAGAUAGUUUUCAACGAUCAGGUCAGAGGGGUGAUGAUCAACGUCCAGUAGAUUACGUUCCAUUGAAAAUUAAAGAAAAUUUAGUUCGUGAUGGACUUAUUAUUAUAUGA